UCCAACAGCGAAAACAAAUAGCAAGAAUAUACACAAAUUCUGACACACAUUCAAUACUAAUAAUUUCUUUUUUCCUUUUUCAUUAAACGUAAUAAAAUCCAUUACGAUCAAUUUCCCAACUCAUAAUGGUCAUUGUGUCCUAAUUCUUUCUUGUUGUUUUGUUUUUCGUUCGUCAAGUGAAUAGAAAAGUGUCGAAUUUAUCGAUUGUGUUUACAGUCAAAUUUAAUUUAGACCGAGCAAAUUGACCAAAAAUUUACACAGAUCACAAUGGGUGCUUCAGAAUGGGACGUUUUGCGAAAGCAGGCACGCAAAUUGGAGAAUGAUAUCGAUAUGAAACUGGUGGCGUAUAGCAAAAUUGGCACAUCGUCUAUGCCCAGCACAUCGGCAGACACGGCUCCACUGCUCAAUGAACAUGUUUUCGAUUCACUAUCCAUGGAAAUUGAACAAAUGCUAGAUAGACUUUCUGAGAUAAAUGAUAAAAUGGCCGAAAUACCACUGACCUCCGACUCAUACAUGAUACACACACUGCAACGCCAUCGCGAGAUUUUGAAUGGUUACAAGCAAGAGUUCAACAAAAUCCAAGCCAAUCACACGACACGAAUAGAGCGCGAAGAACUGUUGCGCGGUUCAGGCAUUUCGAUGAGUAGCGGCCUGAGUCGACGUGAUAUGUAUUUGAAAGAGAGCACUCAUUUGCAUGGAUCGCAUGGCCUUGUAAACGACCAAAUAAGCAUAGCAAUGGAAACAAAGGAGCACCUUAUGUCGCAGCGUCACCAAUUUAAACGUUUUCAAACCCGUUUGAAUGACAUGUCCAAUCGAUUCCCAUUGAUAUCGAGUUUAAUUCAAAAAAUCAACAUUCGAAAGCGACGUGAUUCCUUCAUUUUGGGUCUGGUGAUAGCAAUUUGCACAUUUUUAUUAAUUUUAUAUGCAUUCAAUUGAUUCACUAUCGUCAUUACUAUUACUAUUGUUAGCGCAUUCAAAUCAAAUUUAUAUUUUUCUUCUUCUGGUAAUUAUCUCGCGAUGCAAAGAAAUUAUAAUUGACAUUUUUGGUCCGGCUGUUAGAAAUUUGUAUGGAUUAUGUGAAAGUACGUGUUGCGCAACACAUUUAUUGUGAAGUAAACAGAAAAGUGGUGUAUUUUAUGAGAAAGGAAGGAGAAAUGCAUUGAAUUCUUGAGAAUGUAAAUAAAUAACUUGUUCAAACGCAGAGUUCUUUCAUCAAAUAAAAAUCAAAUGAAAUUUAUCAUAAUCGUUUAUAUAGCGAA